AUGAAUAAAGAUGAGGAACCUCUUAAUGGUAUCAUUUGUCAACCCAAUUCAAAAUUUUGUUUCAUUAAAUCGACAAAUGAUUUGGGAAUCUUAAGUUUAAAAUUAUUGCGUCAUGUAGCAGAAGCUUCUAUAAACACAAAACAAGAUCAAAAUACUAAUGAAUGUUCUCUACAUGUUAUUUAUACAUGUAAUGCAAAUAUCGAUAUUAAUUCAACCAUAACUUUGCGAUGUUUUUUGACACCUUCAAAGGAGAAACAAAAAGAACAACACGUGAAGACAAGUUUCGCUGUCAUUGAGACGAUUAGUUGA